UCAGCACCCGGCGCCCGGCCGCAAGCAGCUAGCUGCCGCGCGGAAACCAUGCUGCGGGAGCGGGCGGGCGUCUGGGCCGUGCUCGGCCCGCUGCUCUGGGGCUGCGGGCUGGCGCUGCUGCAGGGCGGGAUGCUCUACCCCCGGGAGAGCCGGUCGCGGGAGCGCAAGGAGCUCGACGGCCUCUGGAGCUUCCGCGCCGACUUUUCCGACAACCGGCGCCAGGGCUUCGAGCAGCAGUGGUACCGGGCACCGCUGCGGGAGGUGCGGGCUCUGUCGGGCCCCACCCUGGACAUGCCGGUUCCCUCCAGCUUCAACGACGUGGGCCAGGACGGGCGGCUGCGGAGCUUUGUUGGCUGGGUGUGGUACGAGCGGGAGGCCACCCUGCCCCAGCGGUGGACGCAGGACCUGGGCACAAGAGUGGUGCUGAGGAUUGGCAGUGCCCACUAUUAUGCCAUCGUGUGGGUGAAUGGGGUCCAUGUGGCAGAGCACGAGGGGGGCCAUCUCCCCUUCGAGGCUGACAUCAGCAAGCUGGUCCAGAGUGGGCCCCUGUCCUUCUGCCGCAUUACCAUCGCCAUCAACAACACGCUCUCCCCCUACACCCUGCCGCCAGGGACCAUCCUCUACCAGACCGACACCUCCAAGUACCCCAAGGGUUACUUUGUCCAGAACACCAACUUUGACUUCUUCAACUACGCGGGACUGCACCGGUCUGUGCUCCUCUACACCACGCCUAUCAGCUACAUUGAUGACAUCACCAUCACCACCGACGUGGACCGAGACAUUGGGCUAGUGAAUUACCAGAUUUUCAUCCAGGGAAGUGAACACUUCCAGCUAGAAGUCUUUCUUUUGGAUGAGGACGGCAGGGCCGUGGCCCAGGGGACAGGGGGCCAGGGCCAGCUGCAGGUGCCCAGGGCCCACCUCUGGUGGCCGUACCUGAUGCACGAGCACCCUGCCUACCUGUACUCGUUGGAGGUGAGGCUGACCGCACAGACGGCAGAUGGGCCUGUGUCUGACUUCUACACCCUCCCCGUGGGGAUUCGCACCGUGGCGGUCACAGAGAGCCAGUUUCUCAUCAAUGGGAAACCUUUCUAUUUCCAUGGGGUCAACAAGCAUGAGGAUGCAGAUAUCCGAGGGAAGGGCUUUGACUGGCCACUGCUGGUGAAGGACUUCAACCUGCUUCGUUGGCUGGGUGCCAACGCCUUCCGCACCAGCCACUACCCCUACGCCGAGGAGGUGAUGCAGCUCUGCGACCGCUAUGGGAUCGUGGUCAUCGAUGAGAGUCCAGGCGUGGGCAUCGCGCUGGCCCAGAGCCUCAGCAACAUGUCUCUGCAGCACCACCUGGAGGUGAUGGAGGAGAUGGUACGCAGGGACAAGAACCACCCGGCCGUUGUGAUGUGGUCCGUGGCCAACGAGCCUGCUUCCUCCCUGAAGCCAGCUGGGUAUUACUUCAAGACGCUGAUUGCCCACACCAAAGCCUUGGACCCCUCCCGGCCCGUGACCUUUGUGACCAAGUCCAGCUAUGAAGCAGACCUGGGGGUGCCGUAUGUGGACGUCAUCUGUGUGAACAGUUACUACUCCUGGUAUCAUGACUAUGGGCACAUGGAGGUGAUUCAGCUGCAGCUGGCCACCCAGUUUGAGAACUGGUACCGGACCUACCAGAAGCCAAUUAUUCAGAGCGAGUAUGGAGCAGAAACCAUUGCAGGGUUUCACCAGGACCCGCCUCUGAUGUUCAGUGAGGAGUACCAGAAAGGCCUGCUAGAGCAAUAUCACUUGGUCCUGGAUCAAAAGCGCAAAGAAUACGUGGUCGGAGAGCUCAUCUGGAAUUUUGCUGAUUUUAUGACCGACCAGUCACCACAGAGAGCAAUAGGGAAUAGAAAGGGCAUCUUCACCCGUCAGAGGCAACCGAAAAGUGCAGCAUUCCUGUUGCGAGAGAGAUACUGGAAACUCGCCAAUGAAACCUGGCACCACCAGUCAGCUGUGAAGCCACAGUGUGUGGGAAACAGCCCGUUUACCUUUUAAAGCAAGAACUACCUCUCUGUCGACACCGGCUCCGUCGGCUCCCUGCUCCCCAAGCGAGGGGCGACGUCCACAGCACACAGACAAGUACUUCUUGGACUGCGCCCAGCAGACCGGGAGGUUCCCGGUCUGGAUUCUGUGGAAGUGUGCUAGAAGGGAACGUUACAGGUGAAAAUAAAGGCUUUUGUGGUAUGGGAAUAAA